AUGCCCCCACUGCUGCACCCCGCCCUGCCGCUGCUCCUGGGCGCCACGCUGACCUUCCGGGCGCUCCGGCGCGCGCUCAGCCGCCUGCCCCUGCCGGCACACGUGCGCGCCGACCCCCUGCGCACCUGGCGCUGGCACAACCUGCUCGUCUCCUUCGCGCACUCCAUUGUGUCCGGGGUCUGGGCGCUGCUGUGUCUAUGGCAGACCCCCGAGAUGCUGGUGGAGAUUGAGACGGCAUGGUCGCUUUCUGGCUAUCUGCUUGCCUGCUUCUCUGCCGGGUAUUUCAUCCACGACACGGUGGACAUCGUGGUUAGUCGUCAGACACAAGCUUCUUGGGAAUACCUCGUUCAUCACCUCAUGGCCCUGGGUGCCUUCUUUUCAGGCAUCUUUUUGAACAGUUUUGUCGGCGGGGGAGUCCUAACAUUGCUGGUAGAGGUCAGCAACAUCUUCCUCACCAUCCGCAUGAUGAUGAAGAUAAACAAUGCCCAGCACCUCCUCUUGUACCGGGUCAACAAGUAUGUCAACUUGGUCAUGUACUUUGUCUUCCGUCUGGCCCCUCAGGCCUACCUCACCCACUUCUUCCUGCGUUAUUUGGGCCAGAGGACCCUGGGCACCUUUCUGCUGGGUAACCUGCUCAUGCUGGACAUCAUGAUCCUCAUCUACUUUUCUCGCCUUCUCCGCUCAGACUUCUGCCCUGAGCGUGUCCCCAGCCAGCAACACAAAGACAAGUUUUUGACAGAGUGAGAGGCACAGAGCCUGCAACUUGUGGCAAGAGCAAACACAGCCAAGAACAGCCUCACACAUACGAGAAUUAGCCCCAGGCCUGGGGCAUCCUCUGCACCUACUAUUGAAAAUGCUAAUGAAAGCA